GCAAAAACCAAAAAUCUGAUUACCAAGACUUUGAGGUCAAGAGAAAUAAAACCUUUAUUCCGGUGACGAAAUGGCUUCUUAUUCUGGUUGUUUCUUCGUCGUUACUUUGACAGUUCUGUCACAAUUUCUCUUAACCUCAGCCUUGGCCAACAGAGAAUUCAUCGAUGCUAAUUGCCAACGAGUCAAGAACAAACCAUUCUGUGUCGAAACCUUAACAACCUAUCCUCCUGCUUCUUCUGCCACCGGCCUGUUGCCACUAGCUGAGGCCGUGCUCGGCCUUGCAAUAACCCAUUCCGAGAAGACAGCCGUUUUCGCGGCUGAGGUGGCCAAAAAGGAUGCUACAUUGAAGACAUCGUUCAACGAGUCCCACAACGCGUAUGUUGGUAUUGUGGCGUCUCUAAAGAGUGCAAAACUAGAACUCGUGGAUUCACCAGACACUGCCAACUACGACGUCAUGGUCUCUGGCGAUGAAAUAAGGCGUGUUAGGGGUUUGGUCGAGAAAAACACCGACCCGUCUUCAAAGACGCUCAUGGAGAUGACUUUGCAGAUGGAGAAGCUUCUUGAUCUCGCUGCUGGAGCCACCGAUGCCGUUGACGACGACGAUGAGAACUUACAUCGUCGUGCUUGAUGUUUUAACUAAGUUUGGUUUUUGGUUUACUUUUGUUAAGAAAGCAUGCAUGGAUUCAAAGGGACAUAUGAAAACUAUUUGUCCCUUAUAAUUGAAUCUUAGGAUAAUUUCAAAUUGUAAUUUGUGAUAUUAAUGUCGAAGCAAUUAUUUUUUUAUA